AUGAGUAACUACGACAGCCAGCAAGGCGGUUAUGGCCAGUAUGACCCAUACAGCCAGGCCAGCAACCCCUACCAGCAGCAGCAACCAAGCUAUGGAGCACCAGCCCCAGCUCGAUACGGCGACUUGGAGCAAGGAAAUGGUGGCUAUGAAAUGGGCUCGACCAACAACACAACCAGCAUUCUCAACAAGUGCAAGGAAAUCAACGAGGGUAUCCAGGACCUCCGAACAAAAAGAGAAGGCCGACUGGCGCAAGCGCAGCACGAGCUCCUCGAUUCCAGCACGGGCAAGGAGGAUCAGGCCGCUCGCCAAAACUUGGACUACGUCGAAGAUGACAUCAACAACACUUUCCGCUACCUCCGAGAUCUUUUGAAGAAAAUCAAGCAGACCCCAGGUUCUGGCGAGGCACGCGUGCAGACUCAGAUUGAUGUCACCAGCCGCAAUCUGCGCAAGGAAAUCGAGCAGUACCAGAAGGCUCAAUCCGACUUCCAGAAGCGUCUGCAGGAGCAAGUCCGCCGACGAUAUGAGAUUGCCAACCCCGACGCGACCCCAGAUCAGGUUGAACAAGGUGUACAGAGUGUGCUUUUGGGCCAGGAGCAGAGCUUUCAGUCUACUGGUCUGCGCACGCGACAGGCCAACGAUGCGAGACAGGCGGCUCUUGAGCGAUCUACCGCUAUUCGCAAAAUUGAGCAAGAUAUGAUUGAGCUGGCCCGGUUGUACCAGGAAGUUGCCGAGUUGGUUCAACAGCAAGAGCCGGCAGUGGAACAAAUCAACCAGGGCGCCCAAGAUGUUGUCGAGAACGUCGACAAUGCCAACAAGCAGAUCUCCAGCGCUAUUGUCAGUGCCCGCAAGGCCAGGCGAUGGAAGUGGUAUAUCUUGCUCGUCGUUAUCAUCAUUAUCGCAAUUAUCAUCGGUGUUGUCGUUGGUGUUACCAAGAACUAA